AUGGAAGACAACGCCGAGCUUGAAUUGUUCCGCCGACAGUGGCGGGAAGAGGUCGCACGUCGAUUGAAACCCAAAGCCUCUCCUACUCCGACUGCGGCCCCAACUGCUCUACCUAUUACUAGGAGGGAAAAGCCUAUCGCAACACCUAUUACGAAGAGGGAAAAUCCUAUCGCAACAUGGUCUAUGUAUCCAGACCUUCACGAUGAAGUAUCUAGUUUGCUGGCCGAGACAGAUCUUCAUCUUGGAUUUUGUGAAGAUGAUGAUGAAAUAACUUUCACUCAAACGCGUGACACAAACAUUAUGGGCAGUUUUGUGUGCCAUAACCGAGCAUGCAAAUCCAAAGGAUGGUCGAGCAAGAUGAUCGCCAUCACGAUACGUCUAUAUCCAGGGCAAAACUACAACGCGAGGAGUUUGCAAGUCGCCCAGUCAACCGGUGUUGGAUCAGUCAUACGCCGAGAGGAUCGUUUACUGGAUUAA